CCCCCGCUCCGCGCUGAGCUGCCUGCUGUUGCACUUGCUGGUUCUCUGCCUCCAAGCCCAGGAAGGCCCGGGCGGGGGGCCUGCGCUGGGCAGGGAGCCCGCUUCCCUGCUCCGAGCUGGCCGGGAGCCCCAGGGUGUUUCCCAACAGGUAACUGUUCAGUCCUCACCUAAUUUUACACAGCAUGUGAGGGAGCAGAGCCUGGUGACGGAUCAGCUCAGCCGCCGCCUCAUCCGGACCUACCAGCUCUACAGCCGCACCAGCGGGAAGCACGUGCAGGUCCUGGCCAACAAGCGCAUCAACGCCAUGGCAGAAGAUGGAGACCCCUUCGCAAAGCUCGUUGUGGAAACUGACACUUUUGGGAGCAGAGUUCGGGUCCGUGGAGCAGAGACAGGACUCUAUAUCUGCAUGAACAAGAAGGGGAAGCUCAUUGCCAAGAGCAACGGCAAAGGCAAGGAUUGCGUGUUCACCGAGAUCGUGCUGGAGAACAACUACACUGCGCUGCAGAACGCCAAGUACGAGGGCUGGUACAUGGCCUUUACCCGCAAGGGCCGGCCCCGCAAGGGCUCCAAGACGCGCCAGCACCAGCGCGAGGUGCACUUCAUGAAGCGGCUGCCGCGGGGCCACCACACCACCGAGCAGAGUCUGCGCUUCGAGUUCCUCAACUACCCGCCCUUCACGCGCAGCCUGCGGGGCAGCCAGAGGACUUGGGCCCCGGAGCCCCGAUAGGCGCCCUCCCGGCCCCUCCCCGCGCGGCCCGCUGCGGACUCCAGCGAGAGAUCGCAGUCGGCACUGCGAAGGGGAGGAGCUGGGGAGUAGCCUUCUAGUUGUGGAUAUUGUUUGCUGUUGGGUUUUUUUGUUUUUUGUUUUUUGUUUUUUGUUUUUGUUUUUGUUUUUUUUUUUAACAAAAGAGAGGCUCUAUUUUUGUAUUCCA